AUGCUGAAGGAAGAAUCCUUUCCAACAGCUGUUGAUAGCUACUACCACGACUUAGUUGCAAGUGCCUGUAUAUGUACAGCAACUAGGACAGAACGGGAUUUCAACCCCUUCUUUGAUGUUGCUUACGAAAAAUUAUCGCCUGUCUAUCAAGAACUUGUGAAACGGCAUACCAACGACGUUUUGUAUAACACUUGA